AUGGAAGUAGCCAACAAUGUCACUGAGUUUAUAUUUCUAGGACUUUCCCAAGACCCUGGAAUGCAGCUGAUGUUCUUUGCCUUAUUCCUCCUCAUCUACAUCAUGAUUAUGGUGGGAAAUCUACUCAUUUUGCUUACUGUCUUCUCUGUUUCUUGGCUCCACACACCCAUGUAUUUCUUCCUCAGUAACCUGUCUUUUGUGGACAUUGCCUAUUCCUCUGCCACAGCACCCAAGAUGAUUGCAGACUUUGUUUCUGAAAAAAAGACUAUUUCCUACUGGGGCUGUGCAACUCAGAUGUUUACCUUUCACUUUUUUGGUUGUGCUGAGAUUUUUGUUUUGACCGUCAUGGCUUUUGACCGUUAUGCUGCUAUCUGCCAACCUCUCCAUUACACUACUAUCAUGAGUGCCAAUGCUUGUCUUGUCUUGGCAUCACUGUCUUGGUUAGGGGCCCUGGGUCAUUCCAUUGUUCAGACCCUCCUAACCUUUCAGCUGCCCUUCUGCAAUGCUCAGGUCAUUGACCACUACUUUUGUGAUGUCCACCCACUCCUGAAACUUGCCUGUGCUGACACAACCCUGGUAAAUAUGUUGGUGGUUGCCAACAGUGGUCUCAUUUCCCUGGGGUGUUUCCUCAUUCUUCUGGCCUCUUACACAGUCAUUCUAGUUAGUCUUCGGAAGCAGUGUGCAGAGAGCCGGCGCAAGGCUCUCUCUACCUGUGGGGCUCAUUUUACUGUAGUAACUUUCUUCUUUGUCCCUUGUAUCUUCAUUUAUCUCCGUACAUCCACUACUUUCCCACUGGAUAAGGUUGUGUCUGUGUUUUAUACCACCAUCACCCCGAUGCUAAACCCACUCAUCUAUACUCUGAGGAAUGAGGAUGUAAAGAACGCCAUGAAACGACUGUGGAGUCACAAGGUCUCCUCCAGGGAAAAGCAGCAUGGAUAG